AUGGUCCCUAUCUACGUUUUUGAGGAAGAAUCUUGAGCCAUUAUGGCAGACAGCGGAGAAGUGAAAGAGGAACCCCUGCCAUCUGACAUUAAGGACUGGAAUAAACAUCAAGUGAAAGAAUGGAUUUGCAGUUUGAAAGACGUGGACGACUCUGUUGCUGAUAUAUUGUUUAAACAAGAUAUUAGUGGUCCUAGUCUUAAGCUUUUAGAAAAAUCAGACUUGUCUGAAAUGGGUGUGACAUUUGGACCUGCUAAACUUAUUGUUCAUGCCAGAGAUGAGGUGAUGAAAUCAACGAGAGAUGAUCAGCCUGGAAAACCAUGCAAGCCUUAUCCAUUCUGUAGAUACCAUGACACAUCAAGAUAUAUAGAACACAGCAUUCUUGAUGUAACAGAAUCAGGUGCCUCAAGUUUCACUGAACCCUGCCACGAAUAUAAAUCUUUCAUCAAUACAACUGAAGAAACUAAAUUUACCAAGUUUACUUUAGAUGUCAUCCGCUUUGCAGCUGCCUGUAUGAAUAGCCGCACCAAUGGCACCAUACAUUUUGGAAUAGGAGACAAGCCAGAAGGCUUUGAGCAUGGGCAAGUUUUGGGAGUGGUUGUAAAAGACAAAGAAGCUUUUACAAAAGAGCUUAAAUCAGCCAUUGAUGAUUACUUUGAGCAUAAGCACAAAAAAGCUGCUCAAAUAUGCAUUAAACCGCCUCGGUUUGUUGAGGUUCUCAACCGAAACACAACAUCAUCUGACAAAUGUGUGAUUGAAGUAGACAUUGUUCCUGAGUCUGCUGUAUGUGAAGAAAAUAUCUACCACACAAACAACACAAAAAAAGCCAAGAAAAAAGCCAAAGAGGUUGAAUCCCUUCCAUCAAAGAGUUGUUAUGUCAGAGAUGGUGGUAAUACCAAGGAUCUUCUUUCAAAUAUGGAAUCUGACAAAUCAAUGAAAAACUACAAUCAGUUUGUUAAAGGUAUGGCUCAUCUAUCACAGCUACGCAAAAAUGAAGAAAAGAAGCACCUCAAUGCAAUAAAAAGCACAACUCAAGGCUCCAGAUUAAGUCACUUGAUAACUGGUGGCACAUCGUCUUUGGAUAAGUCACAUUUUGAGCGAUAUGUUAUAGUGACAAACAAAUCUCACCCGAGCCAUUUUCAAAAUCUAGAAUUUCUCAUAGAGCUCGACCCAACAGCCGUUUUGGACUUUGACUCUGAAUCAGCUGAACAUGGCUUACAAAGCUUCUUUGACCAGCAGAGCACAGUGAGCAUCCAUUUACCAGCAAACUAUAAAAUCACAGAAGGAGUGGAGGACAUAGCUAAAAAGUUGAAAUUAACUCGAAACACCAGCUGGGUGUUCUGCAAUGGCUGCACUGAGCAUGAAGAACCUUCAGACAUCGAUCAGUGGUUGAUGGACAAGGGAGCCUCAGUUCGAGAUGUAAUUUCUUUCUUGUGUCGAAAAGACGUGCUUCCAAACAAGAGGUUCCUCAUCAUUUUCCUACUUUUGUCAACAGUUAGGGAGAAGAUGGAUCCCCUUGUUGAAACUUUCAGUACAUUCUUUCAGGAGCUUAGAGGCACAGCUCAAAUCCUCUGCAUAACAGACAGUGAAAAUGCAUUCACUUCAUGGAAGGAUCUUAUUGAGGCUCGGUGUGGAAUCAACAUCUCUUAUAGGUGCAUUUAUGAGCUCAGUUUUGCCGAAAUCAAUGGCACCAUUCUUAGUCUUUGGUCAAAAAACCGCAGAGCCAUUCGUUUCCUGCCUUGUGGCGGUGAAAGCAAAGUGCCUCUUGAGAAAAAAUUUGAGCGUAGCCUGAAUACCUUAGAGGUCCUGUGUGUGAACCAGUGCGAAGGAGGAAAUGAGGACAGAAUUGUCAUGGAGGAGAACUUCUACAAAGGAGAAAAAGUGUUAUGGUGGAAUUUCUUUUUCUCAGAGCAGCCUGGAUCUACACCAUUCAUCAAACGAGACAAGUUUGACUACAUCGUGAACACAGUCAUCCCAGACUUGUGCUCCCUGACAAGAGCCUGUGUGUUGCUCAAUCUCCUUCAUGUACCUGGAUGUGGUGGUACAACUUUGGCCAUGCAUGUACUAUGGGCUCUUCGGUACAAAUUUCGCUGUGCAGUUCUGAAGAACAGCAAUGAAUUUGCUGAAGUAGCUGAUCAAGUAAUCAAGUUUUUAACAUAUUCCUAUGAGGAGCAAAUGCCAAAAAUCCCAGUCAUGCUGAUGCUAGAUGACUUUGAUGAUAUUGAAAAGGUACAUGACUUGCUCCAGCUCAUUGAAAAGGCAUAUGCAGAGAAAAACAUUCAGUCCAAGUCUGUAAAUGUCAUUCUUCUAAACUGCAUGAGAUCAGAGUCCUCCGAGCUGAGUGAACCAACUGCAAAUACCGUUUUCAUUGGGAAUCAUCUCUCUGAGAAAGAACUGGAAAUGUUUGAGGGAAAACUUGCAGAGAUUGAAAAAACCCACACGGAUUUUGAAACAUUUUAUGGUUUUAUGAUAAUGAAGAAGAACUUCAAGUCAGAGUAUAUCGAGGGAGUUGUUCGGAACACUCUGAGAAGCUUCAGCAUGAACCAGAAGAAUGCACAACUCUUGGCUGUUUUAGUUCUAUUGAAGGUUUACUGCAAGGGUUCCUCACUCUCUGUCUCCUUGUGUGAAGACUUUCUUGACCUUAAACCAAAGCCAGUUUGUGGGAGCAUUAAGUUAGAAGAUGGAUUUGGGAAAUUUUCCAAUUUCAUUGCCAGCUGCUCAGUUGAAGGCAAGGUAGUUUACAAAGCUUUGAAAAUUAUGCACUCGAGUAUUGCAAGUCAGUGUUUGCAGGAACUUAAAACAACACACAAUGUGACAAAAGCUGACAUUACAGACUUUCUGCUGACAACAAACCAGUUUUACGAGUGCACGCAAGGCAAAGACAAUCUCAUGCAAGAUCUUCACUACAUUUUGGUCAGAAGAUUUUAUUCAUUAGAAGAGGAAUCUCACUUCUCCCCACUUAUUCAAGACAUAGCAAAUGAAACGCCUGGACAGGAAGAGAUGGUGCUGACAAACGCAUCAAAAUUAUUUGACAAAAAUGCCAUUAUCUUUCAGCUGCUUGCCAGAUACUACUACCUGAAGAAGAAGGAUUUCCCUGAGGCUAGAACUUGGGCAGAAAACGCAAAAGAUCUCUCCAAAGACAGCUCCUACAUCGCAGACACAUCAGCACAAGUCAUUAAGCAUGAGCUAAAGACUGCCAUGGCAACAUGCAAAGAAGAGUCAGUCAGCCCAGGAAAACUGAUCAGUUUUCUCCAAAUGGCACAGUCAGCAAUGGAAGCAUUCAAACAAACACAAAGCCUUGCAAAGAAGGAGUCGCUUCAGCGAUUAAGCAACAAAACAGACAACUGCCCUUUCAAUUCGUCAGGAUGUCUUGGAGAAAUCCAGGUUGCAGUUCUCAUUAUUGACUUGUUAGAAAAGAUCCCCGUGUUUUCACGCGACUGCGUUCGCCAUGACAUCAUGAGCCAGGUCCUCUCUGGAAAUGUUAAACUUGAGGACAUACAGAGAAAUGAUCCCCGACACAAUAAAAACAGAGCCUACUACGACAUUCUAAGCCGAUUUGAAGACACACUUUACAAUCUCAAGUACAGGAUGAAGCUGAACAUUGACUACCUUGACAAACUGCAUGUGAAUCUGGGCUCCAGAUUUGGACUGAAAGACAGUCGUGAGCAAGUGGCCCAAGCAGAGCUUUUCAGAUGCUUUAAACAGUACACAAAGGUUUUCUGCAAAACAGAUUCUGCCCAUCUUCUUAAGAAUAAAAUGAUGAAUGCUAUGAUGCAACUCGACAAGACAAAACAGUUCAUUGAGAAGGAAAAAGCUGAUACGUAUUUUGGGAUUCUGAAUUGUCUCUCAAAACAAACCUCAGCUGAAAUGAUUGAGAAAAUUGCCAAGCAGUAUUUCUUCCUUUGCCAACAAAUCCCAAAACCAAAGGAGAGAAUCAACUUCAUGUAUGCCAAUGUUGUGUUGAGUUGUAUCAAACUACAAUCACAACAUUUAAUGCCGUACUCGGAGCUGCUAAAGUUCCUCUUCCAGGUUCUGAAUGAGCAAACUCCAAUAAAGGAGAGUUUGGCCCUGUUCUUCAUCACUGUUCUGCUGCUGUGGCCACAAGCACAAUACCCAGAGCAUAGAAAUCUGGGAAUGUUCAUCUCAAAGAUGAAGACCACUUAUCAUUCUGAGAUGAAGGAAGUGUACAAUGGGAAGACACCCAUUAUCCAUUUCCUGCUGGGGAAUAAGCUGGGCUACGAGCGACUUGUGCACGUUGGGGCGAUCAAAAGCUGCAUCAGAGUUGGACCGGAAGAGUUUGCUUCCAUGUGGGGAAACGGCAAAAUAUGGAAAGAAAGGAAAGUGAGGGAGCUUCUUCUCAGGGUCACUGGUGAGGUGAAGCCUGAUGGGAUCCUGGCAGACACCUGUGUCAGAGAUCUGAAGCUUGAAGUGGUUCCAAUGUACCGAAGUCAGAUUAGCGGAUACUUCGAGGGGACAAAGGUCUCAUUCUUCAUCGGCUUCUCGCUGAAAGGCCCUCUUGCUCUUGACAUUGAACCUCAAUCUUAAAAAGGAGCCAGCCACAUUCACAUCAGUCGUAUCUACCUUAGUGAACGAUUUAUUGUAAAAAACACAUUUUGUU